UGUUUGGGGGUGAGAUACCAUUUGGAUCUGAGACUCGUAAAAAGCAAGUAAGAGAAAUGGAGAGAAAGGUUGGGAAUUCAGUUUGUCUCUGGUUGAUCUUGGUAGCUCAUCCACUAUGGAUGACAAUGGUGCUUGCUAAUAUGGAAGGUGAUGCCUUGCAUAAUCUAAGGACCAACUUGGAGGACCCCAACAAUGUCCUGCAAAGUUGGAAUCCUACUCUUGUGAACCCUUGUACGUGGUUUCAUGUUACAUGCAACAAUGAAAAUAGCGUCAUAAGAGUUGAUCUUGGAAACGCAGCCUUAUCUGGUCAACUUGUUCCGCAGCUUGGCCUUCUCAAGAAUUUACAGUAUUUGGAACUCUACAGUAAUAACAUAAGUGGACCAAUUCCUAGGGAACUGGGGAACCUAACCACCUUGGUGAGCUUGGAUCUUUAUUUGAAUAGUUUUUCAGGUCCAAUCCCAGACACCUUGGGCAAGCUGUCAAAACUACGAUUCCUGCGGCUUAACAACAACAGCUUGGCGGGUCCGAUUCCCAUGUCAUUGACUAAUAUCUAUUCACUUCAAGUACUGGAUCUAUCAAAUAAUCGUCUCUCAGGAGUAGUUCCAGACAAUGGCUCCUUUUCUUUAUUCACUCCCAUAAGUUUUGCUAACAACAUGAAUCUAUGUGGCCCAGUAACUGGUCGCCUCUGCCCAGGAUCUCCUCCAUUUUCACCUCCCCCACCAUUUGUCCCCCCACCGCCAAUUUCAAUACCAGAUUUCAAGUAUGGAGGUCCAACACAUUUAAAAGUACCCAAAUGCAAAGUUGAUAUGUCUUACAAGCAUGGACGGAUCCAUAUAGGGACCCGGGAGGUCCCGGGAUCCUCUGGAAGCCCGAAGAAACACUUGUAAUCGACCUUCGGGACCCUCCAACAAUUUGGGCACGUGCAGCGAAGAGGCUUGUUGCCUCCAUGGAUGUGCAUGCAGCAGUGCUUACAAAGAAGAAGAAGAGGUUUCUAAUUUUUGUUAGUCUUAACUCCAUAUAUAUGUUACAUUAAUAAAUUUCAUCUUUGUAAAGCGGGACAACUAGUGGUAAGUCACGAUUAUCCACCCUUUUUAGGGGCCUAGAAGACUCACAAAGGCAUUUCAGCUUUCUCAUGGCCACAGUCAAGCAGACUCACUAGCUUGGAGCCUUGAACCCGGGACCUCCCUGUUUUUUGUAUUUUAAGAGCCGAAAUCCGCGCCCUUACCACUUGGUCACUUGAUGUGGUUGAUUCAUUUUGAUUAUUCAAUGAACCAAAUUCAAUAAAAAAUAGUGCUAUGGAACCAAA